CUUGCAAAGACUCUUCUCUUUUCCCCCUACACUGAGGUUUUUCAGCCUGGACAACAGCUGGAUCUCCUACCUGUUCUUCUAGGUACUGGUGGAAAAGGUGGGGAUUUUCUCUCAGUGUAGCUGGACUUGCCUGGGAUUUCUGUUCCUCCUUCAGCUGGUAACAUACACUGAUGGUAUCUGGAAAUGGGACUGUCCUUGGGUGAAAACAGAAAUGAUUUGCAGGUUCUUUAAGCUUGGUCUGGGUGUGCAAAGUUUUGAGGAAAAAGCCAUCUGUCUUGGGGCUGAGCAACAGUGUGGUUGGCUUUCUCAGAAGCAUGCUUUUAUUGUCACACUUUCUGCUUCAAUUCUUGGUGUUGUGCUGGCACUUUUUCCUUUGUAUGGAUUGCCAGGAGGUGUCCCCCUUUGCUAUGCAAUACAAAGUGUUAGAAGAAGUGCCAAGUGGAACUGUGAUAGGGAAAUUAUCUGAGGAUUUUGGCUGGGAAGAGAGAAGUGAACCAGCAGAGACCUUCCAUCAGCUGCAUUUCCCCAAGGAGCUCCCUGUCCGCAUUAGGUCUGGAGAUGGUUUGCUUAGCACGGCAGGGCGGUUGGACAGAGAGCAGUUAUGCAGGCACAAUGAUCCAUGCUUGUUCUCUUUUGAUGUUCUGGCUGCCAUACACUUGGCUUUAAUCCACGUGGAGAUUCAGGUCUUGGACAUCAAUGAUCAUGCACCCCAAUUUCCAAAACCUGAACUGGAACUAGAAAUAUCAGAGAGUGCAUCUUUACGAACACGGAUCCCACUGGACCGAGCUCUUGACCCAGAUGCUGGCUCCAAUGCCCUCUGCUCUUAUUCAUUAUCACCCAGUGACCACUUUGCUUUGGAUGUAAUUUCUGGAUCUGAUGGGACUAAACAUGCAGAACUUGUAGUUGUUAAAGAAGUGGACAGAGAGCUCCACUCUUGUUUUGAUCUAGUAUUGACUGCCUUUGAUCAUGGAGAAUCACCAAAAUCAGGCACAACCUUACUUAGGGUAAUUGUUUUAGACUCCAAUGAUAACAGCCCUAUGUUUGCAGAGAGUUCUUUGACAGUGGAAAUCUGGGAAGAUGCUUUGCCUGGUACAAUUCUUAUAAACCUUACAGCCACUGACCCUGAUCAGGGUCCCAAUGGGGAGAUAGAAUACUCACUCAGUAAACAUGCUUCACUGGAGCUGUUGAACAUGUUCAGCAUUGAAGCCAAGACAGGCAGUGUAGUUCUGAGACGCCCACUGGACUAUGAAGAAAACCAUACCUAUGAAGUAGAUGUGCAAGCCAGGGAUCUUGGAGCCAACCCUAUCCCAGCACACUGCAAGAUCCUCAUCAAGGUCCUGGAUGUCAACGACAAUGCCCCAGAUUUGCACAUCACUUGGGCUGCCCAGGUGCCAGUGCUAUCUGAAGCUCUUCCUAAGAACAGCUUUGUUGCUCUGGUGACAGUAAGUGAUCCCGAUUCUGGAAACAAUGGUCAGGUACAUUGUUACCUUAGUCAAGGACUUGAGCAUUUCAAAUUGAAAAGAACCAACAGAUACACUUAUAUGCUGUUGACCAAUGCCAUCUUGGACAGGGAGAGAUGGGCAGAAUAUAACCUGAUAUUAAUAGUCCAGGACAAUGGGAACCGCUCCUUAUCUGCGAGGAAACACCUCACUAUAUGCAUCAGUGAUGUCAAUGACAACCCACCAUUGUUUGAAAGAAUUACAUAUGAUGUCACCAUUGCUGAGAACAAUGUGCCUCCAUCCUACCUGAUUACUGUCAAGGCUCAUGAUGCUGACUUAGAUUUUAAUGGAAAAGUCAGUUAUAGCAUCCAGGAUUUCCUUGUUUCAGACUUGGUCUCUAUUGAUUCAAAAACUGGUGAAAUCUUUGCGCUCAGAGCUUUUGAUUAUGAACAAAUGAGAAGUCUGGAAUUCCUGGUGACAGCAGAAGAUGGGGGUCACCCCAAACUUGUGUCAAAUGUUUCUGUUAGGGUUAGUCUGCUUGAUAGGAAUGAUAAUUCCCCUGUGAUCGUGCAGCCAGUGCUGGUGGAAGGCAAAGCAAGGAUCAUUGUUCUAGUCAAUGCACAGACCGGAUGCCUGUGGCUAUCCUUAGGGAAUGACAGCCCCCAAGGUACAGCAAUAACCACCAUGACACCAACACUGAAUUCAAAUGUUUCCCUGCUAUUCACCAUGACUGCCAGGGAUGCAGAUUCUGGCAUGAAUGGGGCCGUCCACUAUGACAUUCUGAGUGGGAAUGAUACCAGUUUGUUUCUCAUUGAUCCACUGUCAGGGGAGGUGUUUAUCAACAGCAGCAAUGCCAGCAGCCUCAUUGGGGGUGAAUGGGAAUUGGAGGUGUUGGUAAGGGAUCAAGGGAACUCACCGCUGCAUGCAAAAGCCCUUGUGCAGUUAAGUUUCAGAAAUCAUCUUAACCAGCUGACAAGCUCAGCCCAGGAGGCUCAGAUGCUGAGCCCAUCCACGGUGACUGUUAUCUGCCUAGCUGUGCUAUUAGGCACUUUUCUUCUUAUUUUGGCUUUAAUCAUGUCUAUAUGCAGAAGAGAGAAGAAAGAUAACAUGGCCUACAACUGCAGGGAAGCAGAACAUGCCCACAGACAUCAGCAGCUCAAGAAGCCCCACAAACACAUUCAGAAAACAGACAUAUAUUUAGUCCCUGUACUCAGAAACAGGCAAGCUGUGCAGAGUGAGGCUGAGCAAGUUCGGUCCUGUGAAGAAACUUUGCUGAAGGAAAGUGCCUGGGAUGACCCACUGCAGACUUCAUUUCAUUUAACCCCAACACUGUACAGGACCCUUAGAAACCAGAAAGGUCCAAAUGAACAGAAAGAUGCCUUCAAUCUCCCUGCGAUACAGUGCAGACCCUUCCACCCACACAGGCUAAGAAAUGCAUCAAAAGAUCGCUCAAGCCUUCAAGAUGCACAAACUCAUUCCAAAAGCUUAGAGAACCCACAGCUGGAGCUUUUGGGAGAUCAGAAUUGCGACCUCUCACUGCCAACUACUCAUCUUUCAGACAUGACUCUGAAGAGACAGAGAAUUGCUGAGCCAGAUGCGAGGCCCAGGGAAGCCCAUCCCCACCAGCACCUCCUGAGAAGCCUAGUGAGGCUGUCUAUGGUGGCACUUGCAGAACAGGACCCCAUGGGAGAACUUGCAAUGGAGUCACCUCCUGUUCAGCAAAUCUCUCAGCUGCUGUCUCUGCUGCACCAGGGUCAGUUCCAGCCCAAACCAAAUCACAGGGGAAACAAAUACACAGCCAAGAAUGGUAGCAGGAAUGCAGGGCUGGAUGCUGAUUGCCUCACUAUAAAGGACAGUGGUCAAGGAGAGAGUGAGGCAGAUGACGAGGAUUCAGAAAAUGGACUCAAUCUUUCCAUAGACCAGCUGGUGGGAGAAGAACUCGAGAGCCUUCUAGAGCCCCAUGCAGCCUCCUUGUCUGUCAGGAUGCUGAUGAGGGCAAGUGCAAGGAAGCAGCAGGGACCACGGACGAUGUCCUGGAAGACCCAGCAGAUGAGGAGCAUGUUGUUCUGCGCCACCUGGAUGAGCCAGUUAAGGAAGUCCCCCAAUCAACCCAAAGUUGACCCUGCAUGGCGGCAGGAACCAGAACCCCAGGCUGGUAAAGUACAACAGCCUUCCACCCUCUUCAUGAAUCUCCCCUCUUACUCCAUUGCUGCAAUCCUGAUUUUAAGAUCAAAGGCAUUUGCAGUACUGUGCACUGACUUUUCCUCCAUGGAUACUAUGCCAUGCAUUACUACAUCUGCAAGUUUGAACUGUCAUGCUGAAAUCAUGGCACUGUCAUGCCCUGGCCUCUCACACAAAACUUCCAACUUUCUCUCCUCCAUCCAGGCCACCCCACCCUGACAGUUAUCAAUCAAUGAUUUUACUCAUUUCUGAUAAAUAACUAUUAUGCAUUUGGCUACAAGUUUUUCUUAAAAAGAGAUUAUUAAAGAAAAACACUGCUCCUGUGUCUGUGUGUUUCUCAGCCAGUGGUAAGGUUGCAAUGGUCCCAGCACUGAGAAGACUGGGAGAUGGGAGUGGGUGGGUUACACAGCUCCUGACUGGGGAAGGGAAAGUUGUAGAAAACGUAUAGUUGGUUGUCUAAAGUUAGACACAGCUGUCUUUUGUCCCCUGGGAGAUUACACAGUUUCAGUGCUUCUCCCACCCCACUGAUCUUACUGCCCCUUUACAAGUAGGAGACAAGCAGACAGGGCCGGGGAGUUAGGUUCGAGAAAGAAGGGAACAGAACACAGUUGUAGAAAACUUUUGUUGUCUGUAGUAAAAUUAGUCACAGCAGUCCUUUCUUCUUUGGCAGAUUACAAU